AUGCUGAAUGCCAGACCUCCGACAUGUGUUAAGACGACGAGAUUCGUAAAGCAAAUACAACGUUCAAUAGUGAAUCAAAUCAUACAUUUGGUUAAGGCGCUGCUCUAUGGAGAACAUGAGUUCGUUGGUAACAUUACCAUUGGUACACCUGACCAACAGUUUGAAGUUAUAAUCGACACGGGAUCUGUGGAUCUUUGGGUGCCGGGAUAUCGUUGUGAAAACCAUACUUUCUUCUCGGCCUUUAUUGUUCGCGCUGAUGGAAUUCUUGGCCUCGCCUUUACGUCUUUCACCAAGUACCAAGUAUUUUCUCCGCUUAUAAAUGCCAUUGAGCAAGGUUUACUGGAUAACGCACUCUUCACCGUUUGGAUACAACACCGAGGAAAACGGCAGCAAACGAUGAGUGGCCUGGUCACCUACGGCGCCAUUGACACCACAAACUGUGGACCAAUUACCUCCUAUGAGCCUCUUUCAUCUUCAGAUUACUAUCAGUUUAAGGAUAGUUGUCCACACAUAGUAGUUUUAAAAUUUGCAUCGUGUGUAAAAAACAGAUGCUAUUUCGCUCUUUCUGGGAUUGAUUUCCUUGGUUUCGGAUCGAAUUGGAUUUUCGGCACUCCAUUCAUCCGCCAAUUCUGCAACAUCUUCGACAUUGGGCAAAGACGCAUGGGAUUUGCAGUGUCACAUCAAAGAUGA